AUCACUCGUCAUCCAAAGUUCCCUGCCUUACUAAACAUCAGUGUUUUACGGACUUUCUUCAACUUUCCAAAGAUAAAUUGGAAAAAACAUCCACGACCUGAAGGGCUAAAUGGAAAUUUGUCUCCAACGACCAGGAAGAGUAGAGGUUGCAGGGAGCACCAGCGAAGAAGACUGACCACAAUAACAGGAAGAGGAAGUGGGCAGUGACCUGUGUGUGAGAGAGAGAGGGGACUGUGGUUCGGACAGCUGGGGUUCAACAUUGCACUUUUGGCUUUUGGGUGAGAAAACCACAUCAGAGACCACAGGAAGAAAAAGCGCAAGAGACACUCCAAAACCUGUUGGAAUCCUGAGGGGGAACCUUUGAUAACCCAAGGAGAAAAAACAAGGCAACAAAACAACUUUAAACUGGAGCCAUUGGAGUUUUCACCUGUUUGAGAAAACCCUCAGUCGGUUGCGGUCUUAAAGACUGUGCAAUUUUGUAUUUCGUAAUCCAACUCUGGGAUACAUUCUCCUUCAAGAGGCAUCCACCAAUACUUAAUCAUCACGGACUUAUCUUCUCCACAGUCCAGAAAAAAAGGAUUUGUACUGAAAACCUGGUUAAAAAAAAAAAGCCACGGGAGACAGAAAUCCCUGCCUGUACAACAACACCUGCUGCUCUCUUUCAACAUCAGAAAGCGCCCACAGUCAAAAAGAAAAGAAGCAAGAGCAGGGAAGAGACAGAGUUGAAUCAGGAGGCGGUUUUACUCCCUGUUGAGCACACGACCACCUACCAGCCUCUAAUUUCUACCACAACCUGCCACAUUAAUAAAGAAUAAGCCCAGUGAGUGAGGAGGGGAGCCCGUUUCAAGGAUUUCAUUUUGUGCGGAAACAAAGGUCUGAACACUUCUACUUGAAUUGGACUACCAGUCUGUGCGACGAUGGCUUGGCUUCAGCUGUAUGCCAUGAUGGGGCUUAUGGCAGCUAUGGUCCUGUCGCUGUCUCUCACUGUGGCUGAAGAUUCUGGCCUUCCUGUGGUUGAAGCAGAGAAACAAGGCCAUGUUGAAAUUGUGAGGAAAGAGAAGCAUCCGAUCCUGUUCAGACAGAAAAGAGAUUGGAUCUGGAACUCUCUUUAUGUGGAAGAAGAGAAACCUGCGCCCAUUGCCUACAAGAUAGGACAGCUGAGGUCGAGCCAGAGAGUGGAGGUGAAGAGCUUUAAAAUUGAAGGUGAAGGAGCAAACACCAUCUUCACUGUGGAUCAGAAAGGAGACCUGUUUGUCACGAGAGCUCUGGACAGAGAGGAGAAGAGCUUAUACCAUUUGACUGCCAGGAUGUUCGAUGGAAACCACAUGCUGAUAGAGGACGCUGGAGAAUUUGUUGUGCAGGUCACAGAUAUCAAUGACAACACCCCUGUUUUCCCCAGACUGUAUAAUGGAUCAAUCAUGGAGAGGUCCACGAUAGGAACUAAAGUAGUUGAGGUGAGGGCAACAGAUGCUGACGACCCCACCACUGCUAACGGAGAACUCAGGUACUCUUUAACCCACGACCUCUCCGCCUUCCAAAUCGACAGCAUCACAGGUGUGAUCAGCUGCAAGAUAAACUCUCUGGACCGGGAGACCAAGAGUCAGUACGUGGUGGUGGUUAAAGCUCAGGACAUGAGAGGAAUGGCCUCUGGCAGCACAGCCACCACCUCUGUCACCAUCACCAUCACCGACACCAACGACAAUAUCGCUUCUUUCACCCGAAAGGUUUAUGACUUGGAGGUUUCAGAGGAUCACAAGCUGAACGAGAAGAUCGGCACGUUGGAGUUGGAGGACAGAGAUCAGAUUCAGAACAAAGAACCCGCUUUUAUGAUUCCCAAUGACAGCAGCAAAGUGUUUAACAUUGAACUGAGCCCUAACAAGGACGGCAACCUCAUGCUCAAACAGGCUCUGGAUUAUGAGACAACCAAAAGCUACACUUUCACCGUUCAGGUGCAAGAAAACCUAAGAAACCUGCGUUUUCCUGCCGACAACGUGAACAGUGCGGUCACCACAGCUCAGGUGAACGUCAGGGUGUUGGAUGUGGACGAGCCGCCAGUGUUCUCUCUGCCUAUCUACACGUUCACAGUGCUGGAGGAAAGGAUUGUGAACAACAUAGGAACAGUUACAGCCAGAGAUCCAGACAAAGCAAACAAGAGCAUUCGGUACUCUAUCUUGGACAAGGAUUGUCCGAUCAGUAUCAACCCGUUCACAGGUCAGCUGUCCACCCUGAGGAUGCUGGACAGAGAGCUGGAGGCCACACACAUGUUUCAAGUUAGAGCGCAGGAGGAGCCGAGCGGUUUGGAGUCCUUUGUGAAAGUUAACAUCAUAGUUCAGGACGUUAAUGACAACAAACCUCAGCUGGCUGUCGAUGAGAUCUUCGUCUGUGAGAAUGACUUCACUAACAUGGUGAUAGGAACGCUGAGAGCCACAGAUAAAGACGACCAGCUAGCCUCCUUCAGCUUCAGCCUGGCCAGUGAGAGCUCUAACUUCACCAUCAAAGACUACGGCAACAGCACAGCUGACAUCAUGGUGAAACAGGGGCCAUUCAGCCUUGAUGACCCCAAGGAUUACAGCGUGGAUGUGCGCAUCAGUGAUGGAGGACAACCCAUCCAGACCAGCAUCACCAAACUAGCAAUCAAGUCAUGCCGAUGUGAUGCCAGGAGGAUUCCUACUCAGUGCAAAGCUGGUGCUCGCAGGAUGGGAGUCAGCGUUCAUGCCCUAAUAGCCAUUCUGCUCUGCAUACUGACCAUACUGGUCAUUGUGAUCCUGUUUGUGAUGAGGAAACGCUACCAGAAGGAUUCUCUGGCCAGCAUGAAGAACAGCGGGGAGAUUCACGAGCAGCUCGUCACAUAUGAUGAGGAGGGAGGAGGAGAGAUGGACACUAAUGGCUAUGAUGUUUCAAUCCUCUCCUCUGCCUGCAACGACGGCUCUUUGCUCCGCCACCCGGACCACCACCCUCACCCCUCUCUCUAUGCCAUGGUCCAGAAAGCCCCCCUACACCACCCACAACCCACAGCCUGCAAGGGCGACAUGGCUGCCAUGAUCGAGGUGAAGAAAGACGAGGCAGAUCAUGACAGAGAUGGCUUCCCAUACGACACUCUCCACAUCUACGGCUAUGAGGGACCCGAGUCUUUAGCCGGGAGUCUCAGCUCUCUGGAAAGUUCCUCCAGUGGUUCGAAUGUGGAUUAUGACUUCCUGAGCGACUGGGGGCCGAGGUUCAGGACCCUGGCUGAGCUGUACGGCGUGGAUGAGCCAGAGUUCUACCAUCAAUACUGAUGGAGACUGUCUGCUUGUAAGCACAUAUAAUGCCAAAAUACACACACAUACUCAGAUUGAAAACAGCCAUAGAAAUACACCCACUCAAAGCCAGAAGCAUGCAGUAAAUAUAACACACCUACAAACACAGAGCCAGGCUUUUAGGCUGUCCGAUGUGUUUCUGGAAAAGGAGCUUUGAUCAAGCAGACAACUGUGUUCUCCAAAGACUUCUCUAGCUUCUGAAAACAGAAUCAGGGCGUGCUCGUUUCCAGUACAAAAACAUCUAACUUUCAUUGUUGUGUGUAAUUCAAUGCAACCUUUAGUUUGUCAACCUUCCCCAACCCGCACUGAACAGACUGUAAGCAAGAGCUUCAUUUGAUACUUGGAAGAAAAACUCCAACAAGUUGAAACAAGCUGUUUUUGUUCUGAGAGGUCUACUUUUGGUGCAAUUUAUCUCCUCUUGAGAGAUGUUUGGAGGAUUUUUGAAGUAACACCAGGACAGGACACCAUAGGAGAGAGUGAAAACUAACUCGGUCCAGGAUGUAAAAGAGGCUUGAGCGUUUAUGAGAGCAUGAGAUCCUUGCUUGAGGAUGCCUUUUAUCCCUGCACAACUGUAAUUGAAUGAUGUUUGACUUCAUAACCCAUUCAUUGAGGAAAUCUAAACAUCCUAUCAGAAAAAUCUGUUCUGCAAUGUAGCCAAUCAGAUUUUUCCUUAGAUGAUUGAUGGGCUUUUCAGGUUACAGCUAGCCAACAAUGUUACUCAGUUAUUUCAAUUCUUUAUGUUUCAUUUCUUUCAAUACUUGUUACAGCUUCUUCAUUUAGUGCCAUUUUGCAUCCCCUUUUUACAACAGUGUCUGUGUCACAGUUAAAGGUUUUUACCUUGUAUCUUUUAAUGCUACUGCUCCUUUUUAUGCACCUGCUUAUAUCCAUACCCACAUGCAUCUGCCAACUAUUCCUCUUCUUUCAUAUAUGAUUACACUAAAAUAGGACAUCUUCACGUGGGAAAGUGCUUUAAUUUGCGACAAAAACUAAAUAUAAAAACUAUGCAUUAAAUUGAAUCAUGGGUGACUAAUACUUCAAAACAUCAGCUCAUCAUUUAGAAAAAGACGUAUUUAAAUAUCUACACUUGUGUUAAAAUUUUGAUAUAGAUGUUAGUGUUCCUACUGGGGAUACCAAAUGGUGCAUGUCAAAUCAUCGUUUCAUUAAUCUGAUAUGUUUAUCUUCCUUUUCUGUCUUACUCUUCCCCUUUUGUUUGAGCAGCUUGAAAUCAAUUCAAACUCUGAUGUUAUUUUUGAUGUUUGUCAAAAGUGGCACAAACAAAGUGAGAACACGGGAAGAGGGAUUCCAUUUCUGAUCUCAAGUUGAUGACUGGGUUUGUGUUUGAGGGUUUUAUUGUUUGAGGAAACAACUUGAGAAGCCACAGGAGUUUAAACUUAGACGUUUGAUUUGUGUGAUCAGAGCGAGAUGCCAGUUGUGUUUAUUUUUUCAUAAAUACCAAAAAAUUAGAGUUCAGUCCUGGAAAACUCAUCAGUCGGGGAUGGCCAGUGCGAUAUUUUAUGAAAUGGUCUUGUGAUAUUUUCUGCGGUUUUAAUCUGUGUGCUUGUAGCAGUUCUUUACAUUGUCAAAAAGACAAGAUAAUUCAAAAGUUACAGAUAUUCGGCUCUGAGGUGGUUUUUUUCUUGGUAGAAACUUUGCAAUGAAUAAGGAGUCUUUUUCUAAGUGAGUCAUUUUUGUCAAUUUAUCCGGCUAUCUUCUCCACUGAAGAGUGAAGAGACAACAGACAAGUGAGCAGACAAAAAGGAAAUGGCCCUACUGCUGCUGCUCAGACAGAAUUUCGGCACGUUCCCUGGGCUUAUUUGACAGGAGCCAUCAUCACAGUUAUUGUUGAGAUGAAAGCUCAAUUCUCAGAGGUCUGCUAGAACAAAAGUCAUUCAGACAGCUCAGGAAACAAUGAGUGGCAAAAGCAGCCAGUCGGGCAGUAGUGAUGGCUCUGAGGUGGCUCGAAUAACUUUAACCUUUCAUCCUUUUUUCAACCACUGUCAGAGUGAAAACUCCCAGGUCCAAUGUUUCGACAAUCUCCAGAAGAUUUUGUAAGAUUUCUACAGAGAAAAAAAGUACUGUAAUCAAGAAAGUAAGCUUUUAACCUUUCAUUGGCUUGGAACUACUUCUCUCACAACCUUUUCCACUCUGGCCAUUUGGAAGAAGGCUUUAGACGCCCUGGUCGAGAGCUUUUUUAACAUUUAAACAUUAACUUUAGACAUUUUGGAGAGAUGUUUAAAACAAGGCUCUGAGCAAGAAGGUAGUUUAUUGAAGCUCAUAGUGGUAAUGGUCACUCGUUGUUGUUUGUGACACCUUAUGAAUAAGUUUACUUUAUUGUUGGGAGUCGCCUUCUCUGUACAAACAAGCCUCAUUGACAAUGCAGUCUUUACAAACUUUGUCGAGCCAUGUUUAACUCAGUUGAAGACAUAGCCACGUGUCAUUUGGACAAUCCCAUUGUUUUUUAAAUGUAAUUCAUUCCAGUUUAGAGAAUGAAGUUUAUUUAUUCUCCUGUUUAUUCUGUUUUGUUUGGACUUGAACUUGUUUCUUUAAAACCCUGGCCUCCAUGGAAUGUCAUUUGAUAAACGCUGGACACAAUAGCUGGAAGCCCAUUGAAUGCCUUCCUGUUGGGUUCACAUAUAUACUUAGAGUAACCCGUUCCUCCAUCUCACUCUCAGUCCGUCUCUCCUGCCCUCCUUGUUUGCCUUACCAUAUAUCUCUUUCUCUCUCUUUCUCCGUCCUCUAAUCAGUUAAACCAAACACUAGAGUCAACUUCCUGUCCAUCUGGGAGGUUGCUCCCGCCCCUUCCUGUCUGUGUUAUCGUAAGAGGGAGCUAACACAUUGUGCUCACUUCCUGUUGGCCCAGCCUGGGAAACAACCUUAAAGAGGAAAAGGGAGCGAGGCAAGGAGAAACAGUGGCUGAGGUUGGGGGUUAACGAGAAAGAGAGAUGAAGAGAACAAUGUGGAGCGAUGAUGAGUUUUCCAGCUGAGCAGAAACUCUUCAAAGCAAAGACACAAAGAUACAGAGAUAUUAGUGAUGAAACGGUGUCACACAUCCCUCAUGCAGGUGGUGUUAACAUCCUGUUUGCCUGGCAUCUUAAUGAAGAAACUGCCCACAGUUGAAGCUUCGGAUUCAUCAAAGUAUGACCUUCACUUUGACUCAAGUGUUUGCGCCUCUUAUUUUAUUCUCCCCUUUUAUGUUUAAGGAAUCAGACUUCAGAUUUGAGUAAGAGUGCACCACUGUUUUUGUAGAAAUAACAAAAAUAUCUUAAGAAAAAAAAAAGGUUGAGUUUUGGGACAGUUCGCAUCACCACUGAACACAUUUCCAAAAUCUGAUCCAAGAUAAAUAUUAAUAUUCAGAUUUUAUAAGCCAUGUGUGACCUCCAUUGAACAAACAAUAGCCACAGCUAUCUUUGUUUGGGUCAAAGACUCGAGGCUUCUCUUGUGAUUCAAUUUCAAACUGGAGGAACAGUACUUUUUUUUUUCCAAUGUUUGUGUUUCAUCACCAUUAUGGUUGUUUGAGAAUUUUUAUUUUCUUUUAUGGGAUGUGUGUGACCAUAAAUGUUAUUUUUCUUGCAAUCAGGAGCCUGAAGCAGAAAGAGGUGCUCAAUCAUGUGCUCUCCUAGCAGCAAUAAGUGUUGUGUGUACCUACAGGGAGAACAUUUGGGAAAUUUGUGGCGGUAGAUGGGUACAUUUGCCAACAAUUUUAGCUGGCAGUGCUAGCAGUGAUUUUCAUUUGUUGGGUUCAGUUCCAAAAUUCGGUUGAAAUAAAUAGAAAAUGCAUUGCCCUAUCUAGAAAAGUAAUUAAUUCACAUCAAGCAUGUAGCGCUUGCACAACAUGAAGGUGGAGGCUAAUGUUACUUGCAAAAAAAAGUAACAAAAAAAUGCAAAACCAUAUUGUCAUCUGGCUGCCAUUUCUAUCAUUUUUGUUGUUUGCUUCUCCACAGUGACUUUUCACAUAUUGCACAUUGUUGCUCAAUUCUUAGAGAUUUCUUUAUUCACUUUGUCAUUAUGGUGCAUCUCCAAAAUCUAGCACGCAACAGUGAAAGUAAGUUAUUUGAUGUCCUCAAAAGUGCCAUAUCUAGUUUUUAUUUGAAGACUGUAAGUGGCUGUGUGAGAACAUUGUCAUCUGUUAUCAAACGAUGAAUCAUUUUGAAUCAAGGCAAUGAAGAAAUAUCUCUCAGGUUGGGAUCCAUGCACAAUAAAAACUUGUUAGACUUCUUGUCAAGAAACAAACGCCCCCUAUAUUUCUGUGUAAUAGCCUCACAAUGCAGGCCUUUAAGUGAUUCAUGUGUGAUUCCAUCCGUGUAUCUCAUGUGUCAUUGAAGGAGUGUAUUUUGACUGACAUGUAUAUAGAAAAAAAAUGUGCCUAAAAGUGAUUUUUUUCUCUGGCCUCACCUUGUUCAUAUUUUGCCUCAAUAACUGUAUUUAGAAGAUGUUAAACUUGACACAAUCUCUUUUUAUUGCUGUAAAAAGUAAUGGUUCAUUUUCUCCAAAUGACAGAGUAGUCUUUGAUGCAUGAGUGACAGUCCGAGUGAAUAUGUGGGUUUCUGGUUUUGUUUAUGUGUGUGUCAGUCUGUGUGCUUGUGAUUGUACCCAUGUACAUACACACAAAUGGGUGUCGAACCAAUAAAAAAUAGCAGCCACUUAGAAAUACAUCUUUUUUUCUAGUGUAAAUAGAAGAAGGGUCUUGAAGGGAGGAACAUGUGCCUUUAUUCUUUAAAAAAGAAAUACUGUAAUUCAUUUUUUGAUGGCAAACACUAUGUUUUCUAUAUUGUUUUUAUGGUGUAUAGCAUCUACUUUUUAUUACCUGACAAUUUUUGUAAGUGUAGAAUAAAAAAUAAACACUUAAUC